GCCCAGGCAACAAGAUGAAUCGGGAAGAGGGGCUGACGGCCGUGGACAACAUAGUCACUCAGUUCAACACCUAUGAAGAUUUCCUCGACUCGCAGAUCACUACGGUGGACCUGUACUACUUGGAGGAUGAAAGCCUGGCUCGCCAGUUGGUGGAGCUAGGCUACCGGGGCACCGGCGAGGUGGUGAAGAGGGCGGAUUUUGAAGCAAGGAAGGCAGCUAUAGAGAUUGCAAGGCUGGCUGAAAGAACUCAGAAAAAGACACUAACAAGUGCUGGUAAAGACCUGAAAGAUCAAUUUCUGAAGGCUCUAGCACUGAGAGAAGAAGACAAUCGCAAUGGAAAAGUGAGCACUGUGAUCUUUAUUCGUGACAAAAAUCCUCAUGGGCAGGAGGUGUCAGGAUACAUUGACUAUGCCCACAGGCUAAAGAUUGAAGAUUUUGAAGUCUAUUUUAGUGGAAAAAGAAGACUUCUUCCAAAACCCACAGAUAUGAGCUUUUACAACUGGGACAGUCAUAUUGCUAUUUGGAAUUCAACUCCCAAUUAUCAAGUGAUUACUGAUAAUCCACAAGGCUUACUUUUCAAAUACAAAAGAGACAGAAAAAUUCUCAAUGUAGAUCCAAAGGUUCCCCCAGGUGACAACUCUACUAGAAUCCCUAUCCAGACAGACCUCUACAUGCAAGCUGUCAUUUUUGACCACGUUUCCAGAAGAAAGACUUAACUACCAAUAUCUUAGAUGGUCCCACUAAUGGGCUUGCUAAAUUUAAAUGAAUGCUGUAACCAGAAGCAAAUUAGAAUAAUGAAGGAGUCCUGUAGCUGGAAGGCAAAUUGGAAUAAUAAAAGCUGAUAAAGAAAUUAGAAAGAAAACCAUAA